GACCAAACGAAACCAAUCGGCCCAAUGGCAACUGUUCCGGAGGGUAGGCUCCGCCUCCCAGCGAGCCGCUCGGCAGGGGAAGAAGCCACAGCACUUUGAGAUGCACUGCCUGACUGCAGGCACGCUGCUGCGGGCCCUGGCCCAGGCUGCACGUGCAGGGCCUCCCAGUGGCCGGAGCCUCCACAGCAGCGCAGUGGCAGCCACUUACAAGUAUGUGAACUUUCGGGAGCCCUCGAUGGACAUGAAGUCAGUGACUGACCGGGCAGCACAGACCCUGCUGUGGACCGAGCUCAUCCGAGGCCUGGGCAUGACCCUGAGCUACCUGUUCCGGGAGCCGGCCACCAUCAACUACCCGUUUGAGAAAGGCCCGCUGAGCCCGCGCUUCCGCGGGGAGCACGCGCUGCGCCGCUACCCGUCUGGGGAGGAGCGCUGCAUCGCCUGCAAGCUCUGUGAGGCUGUCUGCCCCGCGCAGCAGCUGCAGGAGGUGGAGGGCAUCUCCUUUUCUUGGAUGAGGAAAUUGAGGCACAAGGAGAUGAGGCUGCUAGCCCAAGGUCCCAUCGCCAUCACCAUCGAGGCUGAGCCACGAGCCGACGGCAGCCGCCGGACCACCCGCUACGACAUUGACAUGACUAAGUGCAUCUACUGCGGCUUCUGCCAAGAGGCCUGCCCCGUGGAUGCCAUUGUUGAGGGCCCCAACUUUGAGUUCUCCACCGAGACACACGAGGAACUGCUCUACAACAAGGAGAAGCUGCUCAACAAUGGGGACAAGUGGGAAGCCGAGAUCACCGCCAACAUCCACGCUGACUACCUCUACCGCUGACCCCCCACCUGCUCGGCCCAUGGCCCUGCUGCCUAAUAAAACAGCCCUGCGUUCCCCA